GGUGGUCUCUUUCAAAGUUUGAUAUUUAUAGAAACAAAUCCUUGUUGUCUGUUCUAGGAAAUCUAGGAAACUGUGACUGAACCAAAUCAUGUUAUAGUCCUGCAGUGUCCUUUACCACAAUGGAAUAUCAUAGUUUAUUCAACCAGUAAUCAACAAAGUUGAUUGGUUUCACCUGCGCUUGAUCUUGGAGCAUCUAGAAGAUCCUGUAGGUGUAGGAAGCAAUGCUGUUGACUAAUGAAGAACAUGACUGCACUUUGGAGGACUGCAACACGCUGCCUGGUGGUUGAAGUGUUACUGAACAGGAAGUUACUGAGUAGAAUUGAGACAGCUCCAGCAGACAUGAGGGUCUCUUGUCAUGUUCUUGUCUUGUUUUUCUUAGCAGGCAUCUAUUCACUCGAGGAAGUUCCAGUUCACACAUUUUUCAGUCAGCCAAUCCCAGGAGCUCUGCAAAAUGUCAGUAAGAAUGACACCGGGGUCAAGAAUGCUGUCUUGACGGGAACCUACUCUUAUAACAAUAAAUCCAACGAUGCUUUCCUGUUCAAAGCAUCAGCUGUUGAUGAGGCAAAAAGACAGAUAGUGAAAGGUAUCCGCUACGUUCUGGAAGUAGAGAUCUCUCGGACUAUGUGCAGGAAGAUGCGCAACAAUGAUGACCUCAAUAAGUGUCCCUUCCAGAGAGACAGUCUGUUAAAGCAGACAUUUCACUGUCAUUUUGAGGUGUGGUCCAUUCCAUGGAUGAAGACAAUGUCAACCACAUAUUUUAACUGUCGUUCUAUUGAGAGACUCUAAAAUGACCCUUUCAUCGCAACAUCUUUAACAAUGGCUUUCUGAAAUGUCAUGUAAGGUUAAUUUGAUACCAAACUGAUUGUGAAAAUAAAACAAGAAGCAGUGAAUAGCACAGUACAGAAUGUGAUAUUAAAAAUCUUCAAGUGCGGUGACUGGUUAUCAUUCAUCUCUAGAAACAAGUGACAUUCAGUUCAUAAAAUGCUUGUUUAAUCUGA